GCGAAUAGAGUUCUAACAGUUAUCAAAAUGAACAGGAUUUUUAACUUUUUAGUCAUCAGUGUGAUGAUCGGUGUCUUUGGUCAGGAGGAACCACUUCGGAAAUAUACCGAGGAACUGCAACAACAUACACAACGAUGCGCAACAGAGAACAAGAUUUCGAAUAACAUCAAGCUACAAUUUAUGAAUAAUUCUCCCGACGGAUUGAUCCAGAAAAGCCGUCGGUUUUCGUGCUUCCUUGGCUGCGUUUAUCAAGCUAUGGAAUUUGUGUCUCCCGAUGGCCAACUCUUGAUGAAUAAUAUUUUUGAAAAAUUGAAUAACGUUUAUACAAUGGAGUGGGUCGAUUAUAUUUUCGAUUGGUGUGGACGCAUCGCGGAAAAAGAUUUGUGCGAAAGAUCUUAUAGUCUGUACUCUUGCUUUGACCAUUUAACCGCAGACACCAGAUACCCAGACUGAUCAGAGGCGGUUGAGCUCAUACAACUACAAUUUGCCCAGAAUCAUACGCCAUCUGACGGGGCAUCGUGAAACCAUUGUGCUUCAUCAAGAAAAAAAAAUAUACUUGAUAACUUACAAGCCAAA